AUGGCUGAGCUGGGCGCUCGCUGGGGAACCUGGGGAGCCAGAGCGGCAGCGGCCCUGGCAACGCUGAACCCCAUGCCUUAUGCUCUGCAUUUCGUGGAGUCCGAUCCCAGAUACUGCGGUGAGCUGGCUGACGUGAUGGCUUUAAACAAGCUCAACUACUCCUUAGAGUGCGUCAAGGCCUCCAGUGAGGGGUUGGCUGCUUGGAUCCGGGAACAGGACCAUGUGGACUUGCUGGACAUGGAUGUGCAGGGAGCGGAGAUAGAUCUCUUGGAAGACCCCACCACGUUUCAAGCCAUUAACAGCAAGGUGUACCGUGUUGUCAUUGGCACACAUUCGCCGGAGAUUCAUCAAGAAAUCGCAGCAAGAUUUCAGUCCUGGAUUCUGAUUUACGACUUGCCGUAUGCUCCAAACAAGCAGUGUCUCCGAGAGCAUCUUCGAGGUGCUCGAGGCGAUGCGGACCAGACAGGUGUCGACGUUGGACAUUUUCACCGGAUUUUGGAGUUGGGCUGCUACAACUGGAGCCCCUGGGGCCGCAUUCCGAAUUGGGACGGUGAGCUUAUCUUCGACAACCCCCACUACGUCACCCCACAAAGGCAUUUCACCAUGUCAGACCGGGACCUCGUGGCAGACGAAUUGGACGAGCCCUUGGACGUCUAG